UGGAACAAGAAAUGCCAGUGAAGUCAAACACUGGGGAAACCAUGGCCUGGGCUGAGUCUGUGGAUACAGUACUAGCCAGUAAAGAGGGCCUGGCAGCUUUUAGGACGUUUCUCAAGUCUGAGUUCAGUGAGGAGAAUGUGGAGUUCUGGCUGGCCUGCGAGGACUUCAAGAAAACCAAAUCCUCCACCAAGAUCGCCUCGAAGGCCCAGAAGAUUUAUUCUGACUUUAUACAAGCUGAUGCUCCAAAGGAGGUUAAUAUUGACUUCCACACCAAAAACGACAUCUCCCAGAACAUCUCCAAGCCCACCCUCAGCUGCUUCGAUGCUGCUCAGAGCUCAGUCUACUGCCUCAUGGCAAAGGACUCCUUCCCCAGGUUCCUGAGGUCAGAGCUGUACAAGGAGCUGCUGAAGAAGGAGCAGGACAGAAAUCAGAAGAGGUGGCUCCCGUUCCUGUGAGGAAAAACACCGAGGCUUCGUGAAUGGAGAACAUCUCCCACUGCCACUCUGUACAGAUAAUUACCUGUAAUUAAAGUGCUUGCAGAAGCCACUUCCAAGAAUCACCGGUGCCAGUUUGUUUCUGAGUACAAAUUACACAUGAUGCUUUCUAAUAACACUAGAGAAAUAUUCAAGAAGCAGGAUGGAAUAUGCUAGAACCCUUGAGUUGCCUUCCUAAUAAAAAAGUUUGCCAUUGUUACUUUUUCCCACCGUUUACUACAUUUUUCAAAGAGAUUUGAGAUUUUAAAGCAGAAUAUUUUGCUUUUCUUGUUUGCUGUUGAUUCCUCAUUGGAAGUAUGGCCCCCAAAAUAAAUCCCUUUCAGGAGAUUUGAAUA